AUGCCCGAGCACAUUCCUGCAGUAAAAGAAGUCGGAGCCAGCUCAGCCCCGCUGCUCAGUGCAGCUUAUUUUAUCGGCGGACGGUGCCGAGCCUAUAACGAUGACUACAUGCAAUGCAAGACCGAAGCGUACGGGCGUGGAGAGUUGGAUUGUUUGAGGGAGGGCAGAAAGGUGACGAGAUGUGCCUCGAGCGUGAUCGACGAUAUCAACAAGAAUUGCCUUGAAGAGUUCCGGGCUCACUGGCUAUGCCUGGAAAAUAAUAACCACCAAUUAUGGCAGUGCCGGCGGCCAGAGAGACUACUAAACAAAUGCGUUUUCAAUAAAAUUGUAUGCAACCCUGGUCGAGACUUCACGAGACCGACCACUUUACCACUGGGUACUGACGCAUGUUUUCUGCAGGGCCUCGAGAAGGUUAUCCCAGAGACGCCCAAGGGCCAGACCCCCAUACAUUUACGCGACUGGCAGACUUUCGCAGACAACAGACUGAUUCUUAAACCUAAUGAAAAGGAUGUUGGUGUUGGAAAGGAUGGCCAGGAUCUUCUGAAGAAGUCGGCAUGA